AUGUAUUUCAUUAGAGUGGAAAGAUGGCAGCACUCCGCUUUUGACUUUCUCCCUUCUCCAACCUCCACACCGUCCUCCACCCCCAAGAUGAAGAAAAAGGUCCUGCUUAUGGGUGCCUCGGGUAGUGGAAAGACUUCAAUGCGAUCUCUCAUCUUUUCCAAUAAUCCUGCAUCACUCACGGCUCGUCUUGGCGCCACCAUCGACGUCGAACAAAACCACGUUCGUUUCUUAGGCGACCUCGUACUGAAUCUCUGGGACUGCGGUGGACAGGACGCCUUCAUGGACUCGUAUCUGACAACGCAGAAGUCCACUAUUUUCCAGCAAGUCGGGGUCAUGAUUUACGUGUUUGACGUCGAGACGCGCGAAGUGGGCAAGGAUUUGGAAUACUACCGCGACUGUCUCGCUGGCUUGCAGCAAUUUAGUCCGGAUGCUGCCAUCUUCCUGUUGGUCCACAAGAUGGACCUUGUACGAGAGCCUCGACAGCCAACAUUCGACAAGAAGAAGCAGGACCUUCAAGAGGCCAGCGGUGAUGCCGACAUUUCGGUCUUCGGCACAAGCAUAUACGACGAAAGUCUGUACAAGGCCUGGUCAAAUAUUGUCCACACUCUCAUUCCCAACGCUUCAAUUCUCUCCAGACACCUCGCCACAUUCGCUGCUGCAUGUAAUGCCACUGAAGUUGUCCUCUUCGAGCGCACAACAUUCCUCGUCAUCGCAACGUCCUCAUCAAAUGCUGCUUCUGUUUCCGAAACAUCCUCCGGAAUCGUAGAACUUGAUUCAAAGCGUUACGAGCGAACAUCCGAACUUAUCAAAGCGUUCAAACACUCAUGUUCGCGCAUUCGAGAGGAAUUUCGGUCUCUGGAGCUGGAGCUGUACGAUUUCACAGCUGUGCUGGAUGAGAUGACCCGAAACACUUAUGUUAUGAUUAUUGUCCAUGAUCCCACAAUAGAAGUUGCCGCUCUGAAGCUGAACAUCCGGCUCGCUCGCCGCAAAUUUGAAGAAUUACAGAGCGACAGUCUAGUCUCCGCAUAA